UCAGACAUCUUUCACUGCUUAUUUAAACCUGAGUGUCUCUACAGCAGUAGCAGGACAUCAGUAGGGAGAUAGAAACGCACCAUGAGUCGCCUGUAUCUCCUGUUUUUGAGUGUUCUGUUAGCCGAACUGAACGAUGAGACUGCUGCUGAAAAUUGUGCUCCUGGAUUUAGAGUUUCAGACAUGUCCUGUAUAGAUGAAGACGAGUGUGAGGACGAGCCAUGUGGUAAGAGUGCAACUUGCUUCAACACACAAGGCAGCUACUACUGUCAGUGUGUAACGGGGUUCUGGAUAAAUAAAGACAAAGUUAAUUUCACUGCAGAUGAAGCUGUAGAAUGCAGAGACAUUAAUGAAUGUCGGGAAUUAAACAACAUCUGUGGCCCUAAUACUGAGUGCAGUAACUCCGCUGGUUCCUUUUACUGCACGUGUCUUCCUGAUUUUAUGGCCAGCAACGGACAGGAGCGGUUUAAUGCAAGCCAAAGUGUUACAUGCAAAGACACCAGGUCAGGUUCCAAGUCCAGCGCCGGACUACAGCACUUUAACCCAACGCUUCCCACAUUUCUACCCGUGAUUCUCUGGAUGUUGAUGAUCUACCAGUGACACAUUUACAUAUCUUUAAAUCUUAAUCUUAAAAUCGAAAUCUUAACAGCAGGAGAAAACAAAGUUUGACUGUUUAGCUUGUAAAAGUUUCAAAUAUUAAUGAAAAAUGUUUACUUAAAUCAGUAUGUAUAUUAAAAGUAUUAAAUACUCAAACUAUUUUUAAAAAUGCAUUGUGAGUUUUAAAAAGAGUGACAUUAAUUAAAUGCAAACUGAACAGCACAAUCCAGAGAACUCGGAAACACGCAAGAAUUGAACAUUUACGUGACUAAAUUUGACUAUUAUGUUAUAAAUGGCUUAAGAUGCCAUGAUCAUUGCAGGGUUAGGGUCACAGUCAACGCUAAAAUCCUACCUGAAGAAAAAAUAAAUAAAAAAAAUCCAAAUACUGUAUGUCGCUUUUUAAACCUUUUAAAAUCUUAAAUGUAAAGUAUCUAAUGAUGCAAUUAUAUGCACUGUUAACCAUUUUAAUAUGUCAAAAAAUAUAUCAAUAAACAAACAAAUAAAUAAAUACAUUUAUAUUAACAUCUGCAAAUCUAAUAUAGAUCAAUGCUUUUAGAGAUGUUACACAUAUAUAAAAGAUUCUACAAAAUUAGGCAGUGUAAUAAGAAAUAGGUAUUAAUGAAUUGAACAUUUAAAAUCAUUUUAAAAAUUUUAUUGUAAACCAUAUUGCCUCAUGGGUGAUCACUCUCAUUAUGAGCUCACAGCACACAAUAUAAUAAAUAUUUCUCUACAAUUUAUACGAGCAUGGUUUAUGCAGCUUUUAUCUCUCUUUAAUUAGCUUGUCUUUCAAAGCCUUCUUUUAAUAAACCAUUAUUUAAAAUCUGAAA